AUGGACGUCGCUCAUCCCACAGCAGGCUGGGAACAGCUUGGUGAGCGUUUUUACCGCAAGACUCAACUCUACACCCAAGUGUUUGACCAAGACUUGGACUUGGACAAUUAUCUGGUCGCGGGAGCUCCCUAUGGAGGUGCUAUUGCCCUUUACCGCGAUGAGGAGAAGCUGAUCGCCUUUCAACCAACAAGACCCUCCAAACCCAGCAUCGACAUCUACAGCUGCGCCGGAAAGCUCAUCCGCCGCAUCAACUGGGACCAGGGCUCCAUCAAGGGGUUGGGUUGGUCUGAGGAUGAGAAGCUCCUAGUUGUCACGGCAGACGGUACUGUGAGAUGCUACUAUGACUUGCAGGGAGAGUUCACCCAGUUCUCUCUGGGCAAUGGUGCCGAUGAGGCUGGCGUCAAAUCGUGCAGGUUCUAUGCCCACGGCCUUGUUGCCUUGUUGAACAACAACGGUCUGAUCUCUGUUUCCUCGUACCACGAACCGCGUCCGAAGCUCCUGGCUUCGCCCCCAGGGGGGCAUGUGCACUCAUGGAACAUCAUUCCACCCGCCUACACGCUGUCUCGGUCAGUCGAGGUACUCCUCAGCAUCAGCCAGACCAUCUUCGUGUCAGACGCUACAACGUGCGAGGACCGCUUUUUGGAUAUUGGCCCUUUCACUCACAUCGCCGUGUCGCCGAAUGGGCGCUUCUUAUCACUCUACACGGCGAAGGGCAGGGCCCACGUCAUCACCAGCGACUUCGAAAACCGCUUCAGUGAACACGACUCCAGGUCCAAAAUUCCCCCCAAGUAUCUCGAAUGGUGCGGUAAUGAUGCCGUCGUGAUUGCAUGGGAGGAUGAGGUACACCUGGUUGGCCCGAGUGGAUCUUUGGCCACCUUCUUUUACGACAGCGGCCGUGUGCAUAUCGUUCCCGAUUAUGACGGAGUCAGGAUUCUCGCCAAUGAUACCUGUGACUUUCUCCAAAAGGUUCCUGGUGUCACAGAAGAAGUAUUCCGUCUAGGUGCGGAUUCUGCCGCUUCUAUCCUCUUAGACGCCGUGGAGCAGCUCGAUAUGCAGUCGCCGAAGGCCGACGAUAACAUCCAACUCAUUCGGCCGCGCCUCGUCGAGGCCGUAGACGGCUGCAUAAAUGCUGCCGGGCAGGAGUUUAGCGUCCACUGGCAGAAGCAGCUGCUUAAGGCCGCUUCUUUCGGCAAGUCGGUGCUCGACAUAUACAGCAGCGAUGACUUUGUCGAUAUGUGCGAGACGCUGCGGGUGCUUAAUGCCGUCCGUUUCUUUGAAAUAGGCCUGCCGUUAUCCUACGAACAGUACCAACGUCUGUCACCGUCCGGACUUAUUUCCAGGCUUCUAAACCGUCACGAAUAUCUCCUGGCUCUCCGCAUCGCCGGCUACCUGCGGCUACCGACCGAUAAGAUUUAUGUUCACUGGGCCUCUACUAAAGUCCGCGUCGGUUCCGAAGAUGACGAUGCAAUCUGUAGGAAGAUCGUCGAAAAACUAUCAGGGAAGCCGGGGAUAUCCUUCGAGGCGAUUGCACGUGCCGCAUAUGAUGAGGGAAGAGGCCGCUUGGCCACCGAGUUGCUAAACCACGAGCCACGCGCCGGGCGGCAGGUACCGCUCCUACUGAGCAUGGAAGAGGAUGAUUUAGCCCUGGACAAAGCUAUCGAGAGCGGGGAUACGGACCUAAUUUACUUUGUCCUGCACCAACUCAGGCGAAAGUUGCCCCUGGCUGGUUUCUUCCGUGCCAUCAACAACCGGCCUACCGCUAUGGCCUUGGUAGAAGCAUUGGCGCGCCAGGGCGAUGGCGACGGCCGCGAAGAUACCACGCUGCUCAAGGACCUGUACUAUCAGGACGAUCGCCGCCUGGAAGGGGCAGCCGUAUUCAUCCGCGAGGCACUACGUCAGCCCGAGGGCCGAACAGCAAGCGACAAGCUGUCUCUCGCGGCAAAGCUGCUCGCGGACAACUCCAAAGAGCACGCGUUUGAGCUGGGUGCGUUGAAAGAAGCGACGACGCUGCUCCGAAUGCAGGAGGCAUUCGACCGCGAUCUGACCGACAACUUCACGGGGCUGUCGGUGAAUCAAACCAUGUUUAAACUCAUCCGGCUCGGGUACCACGGCAGGGCCAAGAAGCUCCAGAGCGAAUUCAAGGUGCCCGAGAAGGUGACUUGGUGGAUACGGCUCCAAGCCCUCGUCGCCAAGCGCGACUGGAACGAAAUCGAAGAGAUAUCCCGCCAACGCAAAAGCCCCAUCGGCUGGGAGCCCUUCUUCAACCAAACCCUCCAAGCCGGCAACCCGCGCCUGGCCGCGACGUUCGUGGCCAAAUGCACGGGCCUCGAGCCGGGCCAGGCCGUGGCCAUGUACGAGAAGUGCGGCAUGCCGGUGCGGGCCGCCGAGGAGGCCGUCAAGAGCAAGGAUGGCGAGGCGUGGGCGCGGCUGCUGGAGGCGGCGGGGCGGACGACGGCCGAGGGCCGCGAGAUUGAGAGGUUGGGGGCGGCGGUUUUUAGGAAGUAA